AUGGCUUUAUCAAGCACUAACCGCCAUUGGCUUAAAAUAGGCAGAAAGAACCCUUUUCUAGUUGCUUGGUUUCACUAUAAAUUUCCAACUCAGACGAGUGUUUUAUGCAUCGCAAUAUCGGAGAAUAUGAAGUUCAUUGGCUGUUUUCUGGUGUUUCUUGCUGUUCUAGGCAUUGCCUUGCUUAAUGUUGCAGUAGGAGCUGGUGAAUGUGGGAGAUCAUCCCCUGAUAGGGAAGCCUGGAAGUUAGCUCCUUGUGCAAUGGCUGCACAAGAUUCUAACGCUCCAGUUUCCAGCAGUUGCUGCCAACAGGUGAAGAAAAUAGGCCAGAAUCCGCGAUGCCUAUGCGCCGUCAUGCUUUCCAACACGGCUAAGAGUUCUGGGAUCAAGCCGGAAAUUGCUAUCACUAUUCCAAAACGCUGCAACAUUGCUGAUCGUCCUGUUGGUUACCAGUGUGGAGAAUACACUUUGCCUUGAGCACGAAGGCUGAAGUCAUGGUUCCCAGUUUCGUCGUUUGCUGGAUUCUGUGCUUUCCGUUAGCUAGUUCAUCUAGCUGAUGAAUUAACAGUGAAAUCUGGCGUUUUGAAUGAUAAAUAAAAGUUUAUGUUUAUGACUUCAA